UUUGUCUCACAUUUAUUCUAAAAUAAAGUAGAAACUUUUAGAAAAAAAGUGUGUGCACGAUGAGUUAUGAUCUCUUAACCAGAACUUUAUAUUAGAACAGAUAAAAAAUCUAUUUCACAGCGUUUGCGUGGGAAAAAUUCAUGCAGAUGCAAAAUUGAUUUCAAAUGCAGGUCAUUAUAAAUAGAAGUCUUUUCUAAUUAAAACAGCCCUGAAAUGUUUUUUUGAAUGUGGAGCAUGUUAUCAAGUCACCUGUUUGUUUAACACCAAACUGUGACAGAGUCUGUACUGUGAUGAAUGUACCGGAGGUUCUGAACUUUGUAACAUAGAAAGGGCUGAAGUGUAACUAAACUAUUUAACAAACUUCAAGCUUCAAAACACCUUUUAAUUCAUUAUGGGAUGUUUAAAUGUCUUAAGCUACAAAAGUGAAAUGUGUCGUAAAAUGUGAGGUUUAUUGAAUCAAGUGUAGACAGACUCACUGUCAUGACUCUGUAAAUAUUUGGAAAAGGGUUGUCACCACAGAGAAUGAAGGAAAAGUGUAUGUGUUCUCACAGGUGUUGAGUUUGUGGGAAUCUAAAGAGUAUGAUAUUAUAUGAUAAAAUAUAAUAUGUGCAACUUACUGGUAGAAGACAGCAGGUGGCAGUUAAGAUUUUUUAAUUUGUUGGAGCCUCCUGCAUGAGUACAAAAAAGUUCAGAUGUGAUAUUCAGUGUAUAAUUCAGCUCUUUAGAUUGACUGCAUUCUUUUAAGGGGAUAUUUUGCCACUUUUCAACCAGCUUCAUAUCAUAAUUAUGUGGCUAGUGUAUGUAAAUGACCUGUGGUAAACUUCUCUCCAUCUAAUCAGAGCCUAGAUCUCCCGGCUCCCCCUCUGAGCAAAACUCUGCCAAAUGAUGCCAAGUGUCAUCCGGCGGAGUUUCGCUGGCUCUCAGGGCUGUUGCAACAGGCUGUAUUUCCACUAUGCUGUGCUGCCCACUCUCUGUGAUGAGACCACGGACACACAGAAGUGGACCAACAGACAGAUCCGCCCGUCUCUCUCUCUUAAACUUUGUCCAGCCUCGCACUCCAUGAUGCUCUUCCACGCAGACGAAAGGCCCCUUAAAUCUCAUCUCAGACCCCUCAGUGUUCUGGUUUUCCAUCUCCUCCUAACACACUCCUGUAGAGGUCAGUCUCAGCUGAUUGGCUCCUCUCAGCCAAUAGUAGCAACAGUCGGUGAUGACAUCAUUUUGCCAUGUCGUCUGGAGCCUGCAGAAGAUGUUACUGACUUGACGUUGGAGUGGACGAGACCUGACCUGAACCCCAGAUUUGUCUACGUGUGGCGUUCUGAACAGGAACUUGUGAGUAAAAAACACAAGUCCUUUGAGGGAAGAACAUCACUGUUCGUCGAUGAGCUGAAGUUUGGAAACGUUUCACUGAGACUGUCCAAAGUCAAACUCUCUGAUCGCGGAACAUACAGAUGUUUUAUUCCAACACUGGCCAGGCACACUGUUGUUCAAGUAGUUGUUGGUGCUGCGUCCUCACCUGUCAUCACUUUAGCAGGGAUUGACAGAGACAAGAGAGGAGUGGUGUUACAGUGUGAGUCUGCAGGCUGGCAUCCAGAGCCUGAGGUGUUGUGGCUGGACGGUGAGGGAAAGCUCCUCUCUGCUGGACCUACAGAGACAGUCAGAGGUCCUGAUGACCUCUAUACUGUCAGCAGCAGAGUGACUGUGGAGAAGAGACACAGCAACAGCUUCACCUGUAGAGUCCAACAGAGGAACAUCAACCAGACCAGAGAGACACACAUCUACAUUUCAGAGGAUUUCUUUAAGGCCCAGUCCAGUUCUGCUGCCCCAGUUGUUAUUGGCUUGGCUGUUAGUCUGGCUCUUUGCAUCCUGCUUCUGUUUGCAGUUGUCCUUUUUGUGUGGAAACAGAGACGAAACAAAAUCAAGACCAGGAGAAGCCACAGGGAUGAAACUGAUAAAGGAGAAAAGAAGAAUGGCUCUGAAACUCACAGAACAGAAGAUCAGUUUGUCACUGAAGAAGAAAUGAAGGCUUUGAAGGGAAAAGAUGAAGAAAAGAGCAAACAUCAGCUUCAGGAGGAGCAGCAGAGGAGGGAGGAGGCAGAGAGGGAAGUUCAGACCCUGAAAGAGGAGCUGCACACCAAGAAGACUGAGUAUGAAAGUAAACUAGCUGAAGUCCAGCAACAACUGCAGAGCCUGGAGGAGGAGCUGGAGACCAAGACCAGGGAGUUGGAGGAAAACAAAGCUGCUCAGUCUGUGUCUUGGUUUAACUUGACGAUAACUACUAAGCAGACACUUGAGAACGAGCAGCAGAGGAGAGAGCAAGCUGAGACAAAAGUCCAGGACCUGAAACAGAAACUGAAUGACAAGAUUAAAGAGCUCCAGGAGGAGCAGCGGAGGAGGGAGGAGGCUGAGAAUAGAGUGAAGACCCUGGAAGAGGAGCUGCAGACCAAAGAGGAUGAGAUCCAGAUGCUCCAUGUGCUCCAUGCUGAACAACAAAACACCACACUGUCAGGCAAACUGAGUUUAAAGUUAAAGAAGCUGAAACAUAAGCAACAUCUCCAGCAGCAGCAGAGCGAGGAGGAAGCUGAGAAGGAAGCUCAGACCUCGAAGGACAGUGGUGUAGCUGAUGAGACUGAAGACAAUCAAGCUGAAGUCCAGCAGCUCCAGAAUGUGAAUCAGAGGAUGGAGAACAACCAGCAGACCCUGAACCAAAAGCUGGAGAACAUCCAACAUUCUACUGCAGGUGACAACAAUGAAGAUCUGCCAGAGAACAAUGAUCAGGAUCACAACCUGACCAGCCCAGCCAAUCAGGACUCAGCCAAGAGUCACAUCACUGUGGAUGAGGUCGACGUGCACGGCAAACAUGUUCGUCUCAGCAACAACUCUAAAGAGGACCAGCCAAUGGGAGACUGGGAAUUACAUAUACGAGUCAACAACAGAAAACCCAUGGAAUACCAUUUUAAGCCCUCAUUCAUACUGAAGGCUGGAAACACUGUCACUAUCUGGGCUCAUGGUCAAGGUGUCUGGUUUGAGGGCUCUACUGACCUGGUGUGGUCGAGCCAGAAAGCCUGGGGCACUGGAGAGCAACUGCUGGUCACCGUCUACAGCAACACUGGAGAGGUGGAGGCAAACAAAAUGCUGGAGCUUGGGAGCUCUCAGACGUACCAGGAGAUUAUCUGCAUGACUAGUCAGGACUCAGCAACGGGACCCAUCACUGUGGAUGAGGUUGAACUGAAGGGCGAAUAUGUUCGUCUCAGCAACACGUCCGAUAAGGCCCAAGAAUUGAAGGACUGGGAAUUGCACAUACAGGUCAACAACAGAAAACCCAUCGUGUACAAAUUUUCCUCCUCAUUCAUACUCGUGGCUGGAAACACUGUCACUAUCUGGUCUUCAGAUCAUCCUGCCAGAAACGAUCCUCCCACUGACCUGGUGUGGCAGAACCAGAAGUCCUGGGGCACUGGAGAACAACUGCUGGUCACCGUCUACAACAACACUGGAGAGGAAAUGGCCACAACAUUGAAAACUCCAAAUAUCUCUGAUGGAUAACCCAGAAAACUUGAAAACACCAAGUCAUCUUCCAGCUUUUAUCUCCGUGAAGACAUCAUGUAGUGGGAAAAUGCUGCUCUGGAAAAGACUAACAUGCUUUACGUCGUAGAGCUGCUUGAGUCUGACAGUAACACAACUCAGUUCCUGAUAUGGACAUGGGUUAAAGGUGUCUUCUUUGAAUAAGUUGUUUACUUCACAUGCUACCACUCCUCUUGUUUUAUUCUUGGCUCAGAGCCAAAGAUGAUACUCAUGUAAAAAAUGGUGAUGCAUGAACUAAAGGUGUCUGUGAAAGUUUAGGGUGGAUAUAUACGGAAAAAAACAGACCACAAGAAGACUGAUACACACUUUCAGCUAGAAAAUUUCUUGUUGAUUUGUUCACUUUCAAGUAUGAAUAAAAAGACCACAAACAGCUCCAAAUCAGCGUUGGAGAGGGGUGGGUCUGGCCGGUCUGGUCUGUGGGAGCUGUCCUGGCUGCUGCUCAAUCGUGCAGGUCCCCCUCCGUGAGAAUUUGUGAAUCCUAGGAUGGCGAAGGAUCGGCCUGCAUUACUCUGCCUCUGAUUGGCUUACCCUGACAUUCCUACCAUGAACUUCACUCCUCUUGCUUCAACCUAACCAAUUCACCCUAUAUCAUCUUGUUGUCAUCAACAGAUAAAAAGCCAAAAAAAUCAUGUUUGAUUUUGUAUUUUAUUUAUUUUUAUUUCAAAGUCAUGAUACUGAUGAACAUUUAAAGAAUAUUUGCUUAAAGAAAUAUCAACUUUCAAAAAUGUUUUUAUUUUGUUUGUUCAAGAAAUCAUUUUGUAUUUACAGAGUCAUAUUUGUACUUUGGGGAAAAAAAAGAGUAAUGUCACAUAUUCUUUUCUUAUGCUAUUCACUGACUUCUUUCUUCAAUGGAGUUUACCAAAAAUAAACAGGUGAUUUUUUUAUUUGUCUUUGUAGAGUCAAGUCUUUGGCUGCAGUUUGCCUCUUUGUCUGGUGUCCCUUUAAAUUAUUAUUUUUUUUGUAAUCCUGCAGAAGCAGCUGCAGCAGUCUGCGAACAACUCAGCAACACACACAUUUCUUUUCUUGUGUUAUUUUGUUGUGCUAAAUCCAGCACGUGUUUAAUCUGUAUGAAGGAUCUGAUAAUAUCUCAGGUGAAAUAUAUAAAAUCAUUUUUAACCUGGAAAAUGUUUUUUUUUCUUGUGAGACAGAUUUUACAUGUGAAACAUGUGUAACUAAACUACACCUGUUUAGAUAGAUAGACAGACAGACAGACAGAUAGAUAGAUAACCACCUCCUCUACACACAUAUUUACAUGUUCUUGUGUGGUUUGUGUCUAAGAAGCUGAAAUUAUCAGCAGCAUCUGCCAAGUCUAAAAUAAAACACAGAACU